AUGCUCCUCAGGUGGGCUCCUCGAGUGGGCUCCUCGCGCCCCUCGACGAGAUUCCGGCGACCCACGAAAGUAAAUGCCCGGAUGAGGAAGAGACCUCCGGAAGAAUCCGAGCAGUUCUUCAGGGAUCUUCUCAAUUCCAUGUCGCUGGAGACCCCGAAGCGGAUGAAGAUCGGGGAGGCCGACCCACCUCCGCCCUCCACCUCCCCCGAAUUGGAGGGGGCGCAGGACCAUCGGCUGGAAGGGAUCCAGGCGCAAGGAGGACGCACCCGCCUCUCCACCCACAGGGAGAGCCUGACCGCCAUGCUCAACCACGAGGGAUAUCCCGUGGGGGAUGGGGGAGGGACCCCGGCGCUCCAGAUGGAGGCGCUGGAGUCGGUGAUGAGGAUCAGCAUGUCCGAGGACUCGCAGCAGGCGAGGUACAUGGACUCCAGGUACUUCCGGGACGGCCUGCGCCAGAUCGACUUCGUCAUCGCAUACGCCGACGACGGGAGCGAAGAAGAAGAGGAAGUAAAGAAGAGGGCGAAACGGGAGAGCUUCGAGACCAAUCUCAUGGAAGUGGGGCUCGAAUUAGAGCUCGAAGACAAAAAGGAGGACGUGGAGACGUAUUUCCUGAAGGUGCACGCUCCCUCGUCGGUCCUCACCCGGUAUUCCGAGAUCCUCAACAUGCGGACGUGCAUCAAGGCCGAGGAACAAGAGCGGCGAAAGAAGUCGUUCUACCGCAGGCUCACGACACCCUUCGAUUACGAUCACUCCCUCAUCUCCAGCGCACCGGAGAACUUCUCGACUGGGUUUCAGAGCAGCAAGGAGGACCAGUUGAUGGACAAGAACCGAGACACGAAUUUCUCGAACGCCGAGCGGACCUACAUCGUGUACGAGUUGCUGCGCCGCGCUCACUACGCCGACGACGACGAGAAGUUCGGCAUCCAGCGACUCAUCAGCAAUGGGACCUACGAAGCCGGAUUCCCCUUGCAUGAUGGAGGAUACGACAGGGAGCCUCCCAAAGGAACGCUCAGCACUAGAAGGCUGCUGUACCAAGAGUGGGCACGUCCUCUCUGUUGGUACAAGCGCCAGCCGCUGUGGCUGGUCCGCAAGUACUUCGGCGACCAGAUCGGUCUCUACUUCACCUGGCUGGGCUUCUACACGAAGAUGCUCAUCCCGGCAGCCAUCGUCGGUGUCAUCUGCUUUCUCUUUGGGAUCAUCAGCCUUCAAGAUAAUAUUCCCAGCCGAGACAUCUGCGACGAGAAUGGGCCUGGGAAUUUUACAAUGUGUCCGCUGUGCGAUAAAGCAUGUCGACAUUGGAAGCUGAAGGACAGCUGCACCUUCUCCAAAUUCACAUUCCUUUUUGACAACCCUGCCACUGUAUUCUUCUCCAUCUUCAUGGCGUUCUGGGCCACAAUGUUCUUGGAGCUCUGGAAGCGGAAGCAAUCCAUCGUUGCAUGGGAAUGGGAUCUGGACGGUUUCGAGGAGGAGGAGGAUGCUAGACCGGAAUAUGAAGUCAAGGUGAAGACUACUCGAUUGAACCCAGUGACGGGGCAAGAUGAGCCCUAUCUCACGCGCCUCCAGAAAGUAUUGCGAAUCUUCACCGUCUCCUCGUUCGUCCUUUUUCUGCUGUUCCUGGUGAUCGGGGCCGUGUUCGGAGUGAUAGUGUACCGUAUUACCAUGAUCGCCGUCCUCAAUUCGAGCACCGUGGCUGUGUUCAAGGCAAACGCCAAGCUUGUUGCCUCAAUUACGACUGCCGUCAUGAGUUUAUUCGUCAUUCAGAUCCUCAACUGUGGUCGAUUCUAUGGGUAUCCGGGGAACACAGGCGCACGCAAGUCCUUCAGCUACGACCUCUGUGACCCAGCCGGAUGCCUCUUCGAGCUGUGCAUCCAGCUCUGUAUUAUCAUGGUUGGGAAGCAGGCUCUCAACAACUUUAAGGAAUUGGCCCUCCCGACUGUGAUGAAUUGGUGGCGUCGUCGGAUGCGGAGUUCUAGAGCGACUGUGGAAGACCCCGCACCGAAUGAGAAGGAAGAGGCUCCUCAAUGGGAGCAAGACCAUACACUCUCUUCUGUCUCCCAAAUGGCCCUCUUCGAGGAAUACCUUGAGAUGGUCAUCCAGUUCGGGUUUGUGACUCUGUUUGUGGCGGCAUUUCCGCUGGCUCCAUUGUUUGCCCUACUCAACAACAUUGUGGAGCUUCGGCUGGAUGCAUAUAAAUUCGUGUGCCAGGUGAGGCGUCCCCUGCCCAAGCGUGUCCAGGACAUCGGUGCCUGGUUUGGCAUCCUGAAGGCCGUCACCUAUGUGGCUGUUACUUGUAAUGCUUUUGUGAUUGCAUACACAACAGACUUUAUUCCCCGUAUGGUAUACGAAUAUAGCUAUUCUUCGGACGAAACCCUCCGUGGCUACAUUAAUUCCUCUCUCUCAGUAUUCGACACCACGAAUCCCAACUUCACUAAGGAGUUCCUGGCCGAGGAAGACAAAAACCUGUCAACGACAUGUCGCUACCCUGGAUACCGCAACCCCCCCAAUGACCCAGAUGGCGCUUAUGAGCCCUCGCUGAUGCACUGGCACAUCUUUGCAGCUCGACUCGCCUUCGUUGUCAUUUUUGAACACAUAGUGUUCGCCCUGACGGAGAUUAUGGCCUACAUCAUCCCCGACAUCCCGGAGGCAGUGAAAGUGCAAAUGCAGCGAGAGAGGUUCCUCGCCCGACAGGCCCUGUUCGACACGGAGAAGAAGAAGAUCCAGGCGGAGAAGAAGGAGAAGUACAUGGGGAUGCCCCCGCCAGGCGGAUCCUCCCCUGUCGACGCGGUCCCCGCGCUCCGUCUCGCCCAUCCUCGUCCCUCCCGAGGAGGUGGACAAGCCCGCUCCCUCCCUCACCGCAUCCACCGCGAUUCUGAUGCCUCCAGUUCGACCCGAGGCAAUUGAACUGGUCGAACCCCAGUUGAACGAUGGCAGGGCUCGCGAUGGCGAUGUGUCUUACUCAUAGAGGUCAAAUCCCUCAAGAAUUCCUGGAAAGUAUGCCAGAAAAGUGAGACCAUGUGGAAUAACUUAACUUACGCCUUCAAGACCUACUUUUCUCAGAAAAAAAAAACAGAUGUUGUGAUAUAAAACGAUCAGAAAAACCGAACAGCCCAUCUCAAUUAAUACAAAAUGACAAUGGCAUCACAUAAUU